GUGAGAGCCACCUCGCGGAUUCAGCGAAAAACCACAGUCGUCGCUCUGUCGGUGAGAUUUGGAAGUUAGUGUUGCUCGUGAUUGCGUGUGAAAAGUUCCAGAAAAAGGACGAAAAAAGAUGGCACCCCCACAAUAUUCGGAUUUGGGAAAGCAGGCUCGCGAUAUCUUCAACAAAGGCUACCACUUUGGUCUGUGGAAGCUCGAUGUGAAGACAAAGACUAAUUCCGGUGUGGAAUUCUCCACGAGCGGUAACUCCAAUCAGGAUUCCGGCAAGGUGUUCGCCUCGUUGGAGACCAAGUACAAGCUUAAGGAGUACGGGUUGACAUUCACGGAGAACUGGAAUACGGACAAUACGCUCCUUACGGAGGUUACGUUGCAGGAUAAGCUGCUUGAGGGGUUGAAAUUGACGCUGGAUUGCUCCUUUGCACCCCAAUCUGGCAAUAAGACGGCACGCGUGAAGGCGGCCUACUGUCACGACUACGUCCAUCUCAAUUCGGACGUGAAUGUUGACCUCGCGGGUCCACUUGUCAAUGCUGCCCUUGUCUUUGGCUACCAAGGAUGGUUGGCUGGCUACCAGAGUAGCUUUGACACCCAAAAGAGUCGUCUCACUGCCAACAACUUUGCUCUUGCUUACUCCACCGGGGACUUUGUUCUCCACACGAAUGUCAACGACGGCCAGGAAUUCGGUGGGUCAGUGUACCAGAAGGUGAAUGACAAACUCGAUGCCGCUGUGCAGCUAUCCUGGAGCUCUGGGUCGAAUGCCACGAAAUUCGGCAUUGGCGCCAAGUAUAAUUUGGACAAGGAUGCCGCCGUGAGGGCGAAAGUGAACAACUCCAGCCAGAUUGGUUUGGGCUAUCAGCAAAAGUUGCGCGAUGGCAUCACCCUCACGCUUUCCACAUUGAUUGAUGGCAAGAAUUUCAAUGCUGGCGGCCACAAAGUUGGUCUUGCCCUCGAAUUGGAGGCCUAAGAUGCGCCUCUUCUUGCGUUAAAAUUCGUAUUUGAUUGUGAAGAACAUCCUCAUUGUGUGUGGAGUAAGCGGCAUAAAAACAAGAAGAAGAGAGAAAUGUCAUGAAAAAAAACAGAGAAAAGGAAAUAAAGAAAAAACAUGAAAAGGUUUAGAGGAGUAAAUUAAAGUUUCAGCUUUCAAAUUAAAAAAAAAAUAUGCAAAAGAACUAUGCCGUGAAAUUUUAGUUUAUAAAGAUAAAAUGAAUCGAGAGGAUUAAAACGCAAAUAAAAUCGUAGAAUAAAGAUUAAAAACAAGAAAAAAAUCAUAAUUUCACCGCCAAAUUUUGCACAGCUGGACAAUUUGCAAGAAGGGUUAAUUUUAAUGGGAAGGACUUUUGAUUUUUUUUUAAAUAUUAAAAUAAUUUUUCAAACACUUUUCUCUCACGAGAUUUUCAUGAAAAAGAUGCGAAAGUAUUUUUUUAGAGGUUUAAUCUCGUGUUGCAGCUUCAUUUUUCUUCCUUCAACAGUAAAUAUAUUGCAAAAGAUCGUUAUUCGCUGAAGGGGUUUUCAAAGUGGUGGAUUUCAAAGGCGUUCCCAGAUUAUAAUCAAUAUUAAGACAAAGAGAAUUAAAAAGAAAAAAAAAAGUGAAAAUUAUUAGACGUUGCAAAAUAAUUCAUGAAAAGAGUUUAAAAAAAUAUAAAUUUGAAAAUCAAUAUGGAAAUUUAGAUGGAAUGAGAAAUAAAGAUGAUAAACAUUUA